GCCUCCUAUAGGGCACCAGAAAACCAAGUUGGGUUAGCUAAAAACACAAGAAAAAUGGCUAAUGAGCAAAAGAAACCUGCUGUAGCCUUGCUAUUGUUCCUCAAUUUCUGCAUGUAUGUCAUAGUUUUAGGCAUUGGUGGGUGGGCAAUGAACAGAGCCAUUGAUCAUGGUUUCAUUAUUGGACCUGAUUUGAGUCUUCCAGCCCAUUUCUCACCCAUUUAUUUCCCAAUGGGGAAUGCUGCAACUGGGUUUUUUGUUACAUUCGCGUUGCUUGCUGGCGUCGUAGGUGUUGCAUCUGCCAUUUCUGGUGUCAACCACCUUCGUUCUUGGAACUCCGACAGUCUCCCCCCAGCUGCCUCUGUUGCUACCAUUGCUUGGACGCUUACUGUCCUUGCUAUGGCAUUUGCUUGCAAACAAAUUGAGCUCGAAGUUAGAAAUGUUCGGCUGAAAACAAUGGAAGCAUUUAUGAUCAUCCUUUCAUUUACCCAGCUACUUUACAUCAUAGCCAUUCACUGAUGAUGAAGCUGGACUUGCAGAUUCAAAGAUUAUUUAUUCUUUUUAUGGUGUACAAAUUAAGCUUGUCAUGAAAAGUUGGAAGUGUGUGUAAAGUGGUGGUUCAAUUUUUUAUAUUUCAUUUCAUUCCAUGUUAAUGUAAAAAAUGAUCUCCAACAUU